AUGUUUGAGAAGCCGAAAAUUGCUAUGAUGGGCCUCCGCAAACCUCUGGUAAUGGCUGUAGCGGUUGAUUUGCAAACCAAAAUGUGGGUCCGGGCGGGUGUACGACAGUGCGAGGGACAGCGCGUAUUCAAGAGCUGCUCUAAAGUAUCCAUAACCGGCUUCAACAGCAGUCAUUCUCGCACUUCUAAUCGUGGUCGCAUGUACACAGUGAGAAAGACUUUGGGCCCAGCCUGUGUGGGCCAAGUCCAAACAGAUGAAGUAGGUUGCCAAGAGGAAGCCGUCACCACGAGAGAAGCUAUUGUAAUGAGCAAUUAG